AUGUACAUACAUACGUAUAUAGUCCAUUGUAGUAUGUAUAAUUUAAUCGUGUUUAAAAAGUAUCAGCAGUAACAAAAGUAUCACACAUAAUCAUUCUAAGAUGUUAUAAUAAGAGAAAUAUUUGUAUUCCAAUGCUAUUGGUAAAAAUUCAGACUGUUUUAGGUUAUGUUACUGUGAUUAAGAAUACAUGAAUUUUCUUACUGUUAAACAUCAUUACAUGUAUUUGUAACAAGUGUUUGACUUAAUUUUUCACGAAGAUGGCCUGGCUGUCAGGUCUAGCAGACAAGGCAGAAAAUCUGUUAAAUAAAAUAGAUAAAAAUACUGCGGCAGUUUUAAAUAAAGAUAAAUAUGAAGUAUCACAGUCUCAACUGACAGAAGUUACAUGGACUCCACCAGAGUUAUGUCUUAACACACAGGAAGGAACAACUUUGAAGUCACCUUCGGAAUCACCAAAACAAUUUCCUCAUGUUCGUUCAAUUCCAAGUCUUUCUACAUUAGCCACAAAUUCUAUUGGAUCUAAAGAUGAGGAGCUUGUCAGAUUUUUAAAUACAUUAGAAUCAAGUCCAAAGAGAAUUGUGGCAGAAGUAUCAGUAUCACCACCAACACCCUCAUCACUUAUAGUGGAACAUCCAACUGAUACUACAGAUUCAGUGUCAGAAUUAUCAGUUCAUAGUGGUCAUUCAAGUCCUAGCCUUAUGCAUACAUCUGUAGAUGUUCCAGAUGAUUUAAAUCACAAUGAUAUAAAUACAAGAAUUGAAAGCUUUUAUAAAAACAAUGUAAUGCAUAAAGUAGAUAAUGAAGCAGUAGCAGAGCAGAUCUCAGGAAUGAUAUUAAAUCAUGAGCAUAGCAUUCUUGAGAGACCAUAUGAUAUUGCAUCACAAUCAGAAUAUGAAUACGAAUCACAGACAGAGGCGGAACAUGUAAAUAAGCAAAAAUUGGUUCAUGACAAGCAUAUAAGAAAAUAUUUAAAAGAAAUAGAAAAAAACUUGGAAGUAAAAAAUGAAUUACUUGGAAAACAAGAAACAGAUCACCAAAAAGAAAUGCUUGUGUUAAAUGAAAAGUUACAAUCUUUGUAUACAGAAAGAGUGCAGUUGUUUAAGCAAAUAGCAGAAUUGCAGUCUGUGUUAGAAAGAAGUAGAUCAGAAUUAAAUUCCACUAGAUCUGAUUUAGAACAACACAAAGCUAGAGCUUUAAAAACAUUGCAAGAAAAAGAAAAAUUAAUAGCGGAAUUAAGAAGCAACGAAUUUACAGGUGUGGAUGAUACAAUGUUUAUGGAACUAAAUCAACUAAGACAAGAGCGUGAUACACUUAGAGAAGAAAAUCAACACGUUUCUGAGCAACUAAGGAUAGUUCGAGAAGAGUUAUUGAAUGCUGAUAUCAAAUUGGAAAAAAUCAGACAAAAAACAGCUGAAUCAAAUAUGCAAACUCAAGAGAUUCUUGCAACAGAAAGACGACGACGAUUAGAUGCAGAAGAAGAUACAAGAUUACAUUCAGAGGAAAUAAGGACUUUAAAAGAUGAAUUAAUCCGACAACAUAAUGGUUACUCUGCACAAUUGCAAAAGAACGAGUCUGAAAUUACUAAAUUGAGAUUGCAACUAACUGCAACAUCAACUCCUAAUAGUGAGAUAGAAUCAAGAUUGGCAGCUCUUACGCAAACAUUGGUUUCAAAACAGCAAGCAUUGGAAAGUUUAACUACUGAAAGGAAUGCUUUACGAUUACAGCUGGAAAAGAUUGAACAUGAAUUCAAAAAUAGUCGACGUAACAUUUCUUAUAAUACUAAUGACACAGAUGAUACAAAAGCUCAAGUACCUACAUUUUUAAUGGAGACUCCCUUUGAUACUGGCGUUACUAGAAGAGUAAAACGAGCUUAUUCUUCUUUAGAUGCAAUUAGCAUUCGUACGGGAGUAUUUUUAAGAAGAUAUCCUUUGGCAAGAAUUUUAGUAUUAAUUUACAUGGCAUUACUGCAAUUUUGGGUGUUGGUAGUCCUUCUGUCACAAUCUCCAGAAGCACAUUAGCAUUCGAAACUUAUAAUAAAAUAGAAUACAAAAGAAUAUAAUUU